AUGGCUCCUGCACGUACGACUAAAAGGAGACGGGUGAGCCCUCCUGAAGAUGAAGAACGUGGCUCCAAAUCCUCUGGUGGUGCGUCUGCCAGCGACUUCUACAACAAUGCCGCCGAGUGGGACCUUGAACAAGACUAUGAGCAGCGGCCGCGCAAAUUGGGCAAGAAGGACAAGGAACAGACGAGAUUGCCUAUAAAGACCGCGGAAGGUAUACAGACUGUGGCAGAACCGGAACCUGAGCCGGAGGCUGAAGAAUCCGACAGCUUUUUGGGUACCGACGACGACGAGGAUAUGGAGGAUGCGGAUUCCGAUGAAGAUGAGGAAGAGAUUGAAGAAGAAAAGCCAAAGAUUCCUUUGAAGCUGCAAAUUAUCCAGACCAAGGAGGAACUUGCACGGCUUGCUAUGUUAAUCAACGAAGAUCCGGAAGAGAACAUGCCGCUGUUCAAGACAAUGGCCGACAUCGUGGAGAGGGGAGAGCAUGUUGCGAUCCAGAAACUGGCUCUUGCCGCCCAGGCCGCAGUUUACAAGGACGUUAUUCCUGGCUAUCGAAUCCGACCCCUCGGCGACGAAGACAUGUCCGCGAAAAUUUCCAAGGAAGUGCGCAAGCUACGGACAUUCGAACAAUCCCUUCUUUCGAACUACAAGCAUUACAUUCAGAAGCUGGUGGAGCUCACGAAACCAGCCAAGAAGGAUGCCCCCCAGGUGGACCCCGGCUUGAAAAGCAUUGCGAUUAACUGCGCCUGCAACCUGCUCCUUUCCGUGGCUCAUUUCAACUUCCGUAGCGAGCUCCUGAAGAUCCUCGUCAACCGCCUCGCCCGGAAACAAGUCGAUGCCGAUUUCGUCAAAUGCCGCGAGACGAUGGAAGAGGUUUUUAUAAGGGAUGAGGAUGGAGUUGUGUCACUCGAGGCUGUCCGCCUGCUGUCGAAGAUGAUGAAGGCGAAGGAAUUCCGCAUCAAUGAGACCGUCCUGGAUACCUUCCUCCACCUCCGUCUGCUGUCCGAAUUCUCCCGCAAGGCGUCAAGAGACAGGAUCGAUCGCGAAGAAGAAGAGGAGACCCCGCAAUUCGGUAAGAAGCCCAAGCAGAAGCGUGAGUUCCGCACCAAGCGGGAACGCAAGGUCCAGAAGGAGCGCAAGGCAGUCGAGAAGGAUAUGAAGGAGGCCGACGCCUUGGUGUCCCACGAGGAGAGAGACAAGAAUCAAGCAGAGACAUUGAAGCUCGUCUUCGGUGUCUACUUCCGAAUCCUCAAGCUCCGCAUUCCGAAGCUCAUGGGCCCCGUUCUCGAGGGUCUUGCCAAGUACGCCCACCUGAUCAACCAGGACUUCUUCGGUGACUUGCUGGAAGCACUGAAGGACCUGAUCGGCCAUGCCGAUCGAGCCGAGGAAGAAGAGGACGAGACAGAAGAAACCGAUGAUGCGGAGCCAGCUACGACACGCGACGCCCAGCGCGAAGCCCUCCUUUGUACCGUCACUGCCUUCGCACUUCUGGAAGGACAAGACGCCAGCAAGGCCGCCAGCACACUCCACCUCGACCUGAGUUUCUUCGUAAAACAUCUCUACCGCUCUCUCUACAACCUCUCCAUCAAUCCCGACGUCGAAUACAACCCCGACAAAUCCCUCCGCCUCCCCGACCCCAACUCCCCCGAAGCGAACCCGGCCUGGCGAUCCAGGAAGAAGGUCAACUUCCAGACGCCCAUGGUUCUGCUCCUUCGUUGCUUGCAGUCUACACUUAUAUCCCGCGCACAUGGAAUGCCCCCUCCUGUCCGACUAGGCAGUUUCUCCAAGCGACUGAUGACGACUUCGCUUCAACUGCCCGAGAAGUCCGCCCUCGCGACACUGUCGCUCAUGAACCAGGUGGCCAAGCACAACGCACGUCGCAUCUCCUCGCUGUGGCACAGUGAUGAGCGCAAGGGAGACGGUGUGUUCAAUGCGUACGCUACCGACAUUGAGGCGACCAAUGUCUUCGCGGGCACGAUCUGGGAGGGAGAGUUGUUGCGCCAGCAUUACUGUCCUCAAGUUCGGGAUGCCGCUCUGGAUGUAGAGAAAAUGAUUGCGACGCGGAAAUAG